AUUCAACCCACCAUCUCUCAUCUUCUCUUUGCCUUCCUUAGCAAGAAAUUUCCCUAUAAAUCUUCUCCAUCUUCCAUAUUCCUUCUUCAUACAAUCAGCUCUCAUCUGAUCUACUUUAAUUAAUUUCUCUGCAAAACUAAAUGGAGAAGCCAACAUCCACCGCCGCCGUUCCUCGUUGGACGCCGACCACAUCCCCGCAGAGAAACCCCAAUACAGAUACCACGCCGGCACCGCCGCCGCCGAACACUCACGUUCCGCGGUGGACACCGACCCCUAGUCCAGCAAGGUCGCCACUCAGAGUUUCUGAAACUGAGAGUCUGCCGUCGGAAGAUGAUGAUGAUACGCCGUUCAACAAUUCGAGAAAGAAUUUCCCGUUUAGCUCUCCGGCGCCGCCGCACAUUGGGGCGGUGGAAGCGCCGUCGCUUAGGGUGGAUUAUGGGUCGGAGAUAAGGAGGACGCUUGAGGUGGAACAGCAAAGCGUGCCAAAAUGGAAGGAGGAGAAGACUGGUGGAUUAUUUUCCGGUGAUGGAAUUUACUUGACCUGGAAAGACUUGUGGGUUACCGUGCCGGACAAAAAAGCCGGCCGCCGGCCUAUCUUGCAAGGGCUCACCGGCUAUGUCCAGCCCGGACAAGUCUUGGCCAUUAUGGGACCAUCCGGUUGUGGAAAGUCAACUCUCCUCGAUGCUUUAGCAGGGAGACUGGAUUCCAACACCAGACAGGUGGGAGAAAUCCUCAUCAAUGGCAGAAGGCAGGCGCUAGCUUUUGGAACCUCAGCUUACGUGACACAAGACGAUACCCUGAUGACAACCUUAACAGUACGAGAAGCGGUUUACUACUCCGCACAGCUCCAGCUUCCAGAUUCCAUGUCAAGAGCCCAGAAAAGAGAGCGAGCGGAAGCGACGAUCAGAGAGAUGGGACUGCAAGACGCCAUGAACACCAGAAUCGGAGGGUGGAGCGUUAAAGGGCUGAGCGGCGGACAGAAACGGAGAGUUAGCAUUUGCAUAGAGAUUUUAACUCGCCCAAAGCUUCUGUUCCUGGACGAGCCCACCAGCGGGCUCGACAGCGCCGCCUCCUACCAUGUGAUGAAUAACAUCGUCAAGCUCGCCCAACAAGACGGGAGAACCGUCAUUGCCUCCAUUCAUCAACCUAGUAGUGAGGUUUUCCAGCUUUUUAAUAAUCUCUGCCUGUUGUCUUCUGGGAGGACUGUCUAUUUUGGCUCCAUUUCCGCAGCAAAUGAGUUUUUUGCUUUGAAUGGCUUCCCUUGUCCGCCCAUGAGGAAUCCCUCUGAUCAUUACCUCAGGACAAUCAACAAGGACUUUGAUGCAGAUAUCGAGCAAGGACUUGGAGGAAAAGUAGUCACAGCUACCGAAGCCACCAACGUUCUGGUCAGGUCAUACAAGUCAUCAGAGACAUGCCAACAAGUUCAACACCUUGUUCUUCAAAUCUGCCAACAGAAGAAUAAUGGUGGGUUGGUGGCAAAGAAGGGAAGUAGCCAAGCAGGGUUUAUGACUCAGUGUAUGGUUCUGACGAGAAGGUCAUUCGUGAACAUGUAUCGAGACCUGGGAUAUUACUGGCUUCGAUUUGCCAUAUAUAUUGCACUGUGCUUGUGUGUCGGGACUAUCUUUUAUGAUAUUGGACACGACUAUGGCUCUAUCCAAGCUAGAGGCUCCAUGCUUAUGUUUGUUGCUGCAUUCUUGACCUUCAUGGCUAUUGGUGGAUUCCCUUCUUUUGUUGAGGACAUGAAAAUUUUCACUCGAGAAAGACUGAAUGGUCACUAUGGAGUGGGGGCAUUUGUAGUGGGAAACACCUUGUCUUCAAUCCCCUACUUAGCAUUGAUUUCUGUUGUCCCAGGAGCCAUGGCAUAUUACCUCGUACACUUACAAAGUGAAAUAGACCAUUUCGUGUAUUUUGCCCUCAUGCUCUUCGCCACCAUGAUGUUGGUUGAGAGCCUAAUGAUGAUUGUGGCAAGCGUGGUGCCGGAUUUCCUCAUGGGAAUCAUCACCGGCGCCGGAAUACAGGGUGUCAUGAUGCUCAAUGGCGGUUUCUUCCGGCUACCGGACGACCUCCCGAAGCCGUUCUGGAAGUACCCGAUGUACUACAUUGCCUUUCACAAGUAUGCAAACCAAGGAUUUUACAAGAACGAGUUUUUAGGGUUGACUUUCCCUAACAUGCAAGUCGGAGGGUCGCCUAUUCUCACCGGUGACGAGAUUUUGAGGAACACUUGGCAAGUGGAGAUGGGGUAUUCUAAGUGGGUUGACGUUGCUAUUGUGUUUGGAAUGGUUGUUCUUUAUCGGCUCAUGUUCCUAGGAAUCAUUAAAACCGUCGAAAAAGUUAAGCCUAUGAUUAGAGCAUUCCUUGCGAGUUCUAACAAAAAUCCAACUCACUCCGAAGAUUUAUAAUUAAUUUGAAAGUAUAUAUGACCAAUGACAUGUUGGUCCAAGUACUAUAUAUAAGUCUUUUUGUUUCCUUAAUUAUUGAAUAAGAUCAUGUAAAUCAAUAUUUGCAUGCGCUUUCAUUGAGAGGUGUUUGGAUUUUACUGAAAA